AUAUGGGCGCCUGCAUUUCGGGGCACCUCACUUAUCCGGCCGACGACCACCGUACGAUUGUGUCCAACUUCUGUCUUCACACAUAGUCACACAGCGAGUGACGUGCACCAUCGUCGUUUGAUAUCGCCCACACACACCAACCGUACAUAUACUGUUAUUAUAUAGGCGGCACUCGACCGCGGUUCGAAUUCACACGUACACGCGCCGUGUACCCACCACUGCACUAUCGUCGCCAUCACGACAAUAUACUAUUAUAUUCGACCGUUCAAAUCAUCUGUUGAUUGUCCCAUCUGUCGUGUGCCCGCCAACACUACUGCACUUUUCCGAUACAAUAUUUUAAUAUUUGCGUUUAUUUCGCUUUUCGCCCGAAGUCUCCGAACAGUCCUCGUCGACGAGAUGGCCCGCUCCAGCACUCUGAUCGUCGCCGUCGCCUCAGCGCUCUGCGUACACACCAUACUGGCCUACCCGACUUCGGUCGAACGCGUUUCCGGAGACAACAAUUACCUGCCUCUUCGAAACUCUCCAUCCAGGGAUUUGGAUCGCUUCAUCGACACGUUUUGCGACGACGGCAACCAAUGCAAUCUACCAAGUGGUAUGAUGGCCGCCGUGGUGCGGCGUAGCCUGGACCGGUUGAACGGUGGCCACACUAUGGUGGCCAAACGGAGUAGUCUGGACCGGUUGAAUGGAGGCCACGUAAUGGUUGCCAGACGUAGCAGCCUUGACCGGUUGGUCGGCGGCCAACUGACGGUGGCCAAACGUAGCAGCCUAGACCGGUUGAACGGCGGCCACGUUAUGGUGGCCAAACGUAGCCUGGACAGGUUGAACGGCGGCCACGUCAUGGAGGCCAAACGUAGCCUGGACAGGUUGAACGGCGGCCACGUCAUGGUGGCCAAACGUAGUCUGGACCGGUUGAACGGCGGUCACGUCAUGGUGGCAAAAAGUAGCAGCCUGGACCGGUUGAACGGCGGACACGUCAUGGUGGCCAAGCGCAGCCAACCGGACCGGUUCAACGAUGGCCUCACCAUGGGCACAGGAGGUCCGUCAUCUUCCCUUGGACAGUUGCAGUCGGUUGAUCAACAACUGCAACAGCAGCCCAACAAGUAUCCUCAAACACUAACCUGGUGGCCCGAAACCGAAGGACAAUCAUUUAACAACGACAACGACUACUACUCGAAAGACGGCGACGACUACUACAUGAGAGAUUACGAUGGUGAUGUUUGUCUGGGCUGUGGUUCGUCGGCCAAGGCCUCGUCCUUUUAAUUGCUGUUAUCCUCUAUCGUCUUCGCCGUCCUCGCAUACACAAGAUUAAAUAAUAUUUUUUACAGGGUAUUGCACCCGAAUUAACCCAAUCUUUUAUACACGGAAAAACCGUUAAAAAAUAAAAACCAUCACUCUGAUGGCUAGAUCACCUAGUUAACUUAAUAAUUUUUUUUUCCAAAAUUCCAAAAAUUAACCCGAAUAAGAAAUCUGGAAUGUUAUUAGAUCUGCAAUUGGUUUAUUUCACAAAUUUGAUUAAGUAAUACAUUUAAAAAUAAAUAGUAAUUAAAUAGUAAGUUGUAUUCUAGAUGUAUUCAUCCAGCACCCGAAAACAGAAUAAUUGAUUCGGGUGCAACACCCUAAUAUAUAAUAUCAUAUAAGAGAUAUACUGUAUACACUGUAUAGGUAUACCAAAAUAAACUAACCUACAUUGUUAUGGGCACGACGCGCGACGAUGGCAAAAAUAUAAUAUUAUUAUGUGAUAGAAAUUGAGGUAUUAAAAUAUAUUAUACUAUUACAGUGAUUGAAUACUGCAAAAAAUAAUUGAAAAAUCCACGUGUUUAUUUAUUUCUAUAACCAUAAAUAUAAUUUUUUUUUAAGAGGCCACCGGAAAAAUCAUUCAUAUCUGUUCGUCUUUUCGAGUAUUAAUAUAGAUUAUUAUAUUUUUAUUUAUUUUUGAGAGUUUUUGUGUACACUAUUUGCGUGGUUCUCCGCCACGACGUUUUAACAGUGAUAGCACGUAAUAUCUCCUUUAUAUCGAGGACUAUUCAAAAA